UUAUGCAUGGGGUUUGUAAGGAAGGAGAUAAGUGUCGCUACUCACAUGAUCUCUCUGACAGUCCAUACGGUGUAGUGUGCAAGUAUUUUCAAAGAGGGUACUGUAUUUACGGAGACCGCUGCAGAUACGAACACAGCAAGCCACUGAAACAGGAAGCAGUGACUGCUGCAGAUCCAAGUGCGAAAGCAUCCCUGGCUGCUUCCUCAAGCCUCCCAUCGGGGGUUGGACCACUUAUCGAAAUGAAUACCAGUGAAGCCGAGUCAAGAAACCCAGCCUUUCCAACUGUAGGCGCGGGUUCAGAGGACUGGGUCAAUGCCGUUGAGUUUGUUCCUGGGCAGCCCUACUGUGGCCGCACCGCCCCUUCCUGCACCGAAGCACCCCUGCAGGGCUCAGUGGCCAAGGACGAGUCCGAGAAGGAGCAAAGUGCCGGGGAAGCGAAGCAGCAGCUGUGCCCCUAUGCUGCCGUGGGAGAGUGCCGCUAUGGGGAGAACUGCGUGUGCGUCCACGGAGAGCACUGUGACACUUGCGGCCUUCGCGUCCUCCACCCCAGAGACGCGGCCCAGCGGUCACAGCACAUCAAAUCUUGCAUUGAGGCCCAUGAGAAGGACAUGGAGCUCUCUUUCGCUGUGCAGCGCAGUAAGGACAUGGUGUGCGGGAUCUGCAUGGAGGUGGUCUAUGAGAAAGCCAACCCCAGCGAGCGCCGCUUUGGGAUCCUCUCCAACUGCAACCACACCUACUGUCUCAAGUGUAUUCGCAAGUGGAGGAGUGCUAAGCAAUUUGAGAGCAAGAUCAUAAAGUCCUGCCCUGAAUGCCGGAUCACAUCUAACUUUGUCAUUCCAAGUGAGUACUGGGUGGAGGAGAAAGAAGAGAAGCAGAAACUCAUUCAGAAAUACAAGGAGGCAAUGAGCAACAAGGCGUGCAGGUAUUUUGAUGAAGGACAUGGGAACUGUCCAUUUGGAGGGAACUGUUUUUACAAGCAUGUGUACCCUGAUGGCCAUAGAGAGGAGCCACAGAGACAGAAAGUGGGAACAUCAAGCAGAUACCGGGCCCAACGAAGGAACCACUUCUGGGAGCUCAUUGAGGAAAGAGAGAACAGCAACCCCUUUGACAACGACGAAGAGGAGGUUGUCACCUUUGAGCUGGGCGAGAUGUUGCUUAUGCUUUUGGCUGCAGGUGGGGACGACGAGCUGACAGACUCUGAGGACGAGUGGGACUUGUUUCACGAUGAGCUGGAAGAUUUUUAUGACUUGGACCUAUAGCAGCUUUGUGUGGCACGUGAACUGGUCUGCGGAGCCUCAGACAGUAGCUGUCCCCUGUGCCGUGUGGAAGUGCGUGUGGCUCUCCU